AUGUACUCGGCCCAGUCAGGCAAGUCUGGUCUCUACAUCCCCUUCCCCACGUCAAUCAUCAGCUAUCAUGACCAGAAAUCUUCACCAAGAUCCAUCAGGCUGCAGGUCAAGCCAGCGGCGGUCCGCCUUGCCGGCGCGCUGGCUGUCUCUGCCUUCACAGCUCACAAGCCCCCUGUAAUACAACCAAAUUCUGGACUUCCUCUCCUCUUCACCUCUGCUUCAGUCCUCAAGCGCAAUGCACUGACGGCACCCUUCGAACGCGCAUUUGAGAUCCAGAAGGCACUCAAAGCUAAUCCGUCUAAUCCUGAUGUGGCUCCCACCAAUUGGGACCCUAUGGCCCUCAAAUAUCGCCCAGAGGAAGAAAUCUAUGCGAAUAUUGACAUCGACGGUCAGUACGACUUUUCAAGAGGAUACUGA